AUGACGGAAAAGGGGGAAACUGGAGUAGUCAAGGUAGUAGAAACCCAACAUGCUGGCAUAACUGUUGACGCGUUGAUUGCUUCACUGAAAUGCUGCCGACGACUCCUACAAUGCAACCACCAAAGUGUCUCGUGUUUGUUAACAAGAGAGUCAACAUGA